CCCUCUCUCUCAGCCCCAAACACUCGAGAGUAGCCAGAGACGCAAAAGAGAAGUGAAAGAGGAGCUCGAGGAUCAACAGGCAACCUGACUGUUUGCUGCUUUUUGUGCUACACACUCACAGACUUGUGGAAAGUCUCUGAAGAAUGGAAAUGACUUUAGUUACUUUUCAAUCAAGACAACUCCCUGUCAUGUGGAUUUACUGCAGUCGACUUUUGUUGUUGAUGCACUAAACAUGGCAAGUCUGUCAGCACAGAGCCCAGGGAGGCUGCCUGGAGAGGAUUAUCAGGAACAAAAAUGAAAAAAACUUUCUGCCUGAUCUUGGAGAAACUCCUGCAAAGAUGAACCCAGAAUCUCUGGACUCGUCCAUCCAGAGUGCCCUCUCGGCACUCUUCCCACCUUUCGAGGCCACAGCACCCAUCGUCCUCAGCCAGCUGUUUCGCUCCAUUGAGGAACGUUAUCACGGUGAUGCAUUACAGUGCCUGCUGGACUUCCUCAUCCCCUCCAAACACCUGCUGGAGAGUGUCCAACAAGCUGCAUGCGCUGGAUACUCUGAUGUGGUUUUCCGCUGUGAGGGUUGGCCUCUGUGUCUCCAUGACAAAACCGUUAUCCAGUUAGCACCUGUGAAUCCUUUGCUGCUGCGUCCUGGAGACUUCUAUCUACAGGUGGAGCCUUUCGGAGACCAAGCAGCUCGAAUUGUCCUUAAAAGUCUUCUGACAGAGGGUUGUCGAGAAGUGGAGGAGACUCCUGUCCCUGAGACUUCCUAUCCCUGCAUCUUCACAGAAGAAUGGCUACAGGAAAUCAAUGAAGGACGCCAUGGAACUCCUCUGUCACGUUGCUUGCUUUGCACAGAUCAAGGAGUAAUCAAGUUGCCUUGGGCUAAAAUCGCCAUCCCAGAGUUUUUAGAUAAGCCUAAAAUCAUGCCCACUUAUCGGGAAGCUCCUCCUGAACCAAAACAGUUCUCAGUUCCUUCCCAUUUUAACUCCUCCACCCUCCCAAUGGAAGCCAUUUUAUUACCUGCAAAAGACAGGAUGUCAGCAUCUUUGAGACCUGUGGACUAUUCUUCCAAACUUGUCAAAAUGGAUCCUGAAAGACGAACCCCCAAAUCGUGCCCCAAACCUUUAAUCAAACCUGUGGGCUGGGUUUCUCCCAAUACCUGGGACAGUCGAGAGACAUAUCGAGAGAUUGAGGGUGAUUAUGUAGACCUGGUGGAUAUAGCCAAAGGGAAGGAGUUUGUGGAUAAAGAGAAAGGCAUCCAUCUAAAUCCAAGCAAUUCGGUUUUGUUCAAACCUGUCAGACCACCUCCACCUGUACCACUUGGUAAUAGUGUUCCCUGUGGAUGCACCCUUCAGUAUGCAGAGGAGCCUUGCACACCAUGUCGCCAGAGGAGGCUGGGGCAGGAGCCAACUGAUCAAGACUUGAAAUGUAGGUACAGAGACUCGUACGUGGCAGCACUGAGAAACCCAGUCCCUUUUGAGAGGGGAAGUGUAGAUCUCCUGGCUGCCUUGGAGGAGGUUGGCCUUUGUGAAGAGGGAGAGUUAAGAUCCAAGAGUACAUUUGAAGCUCAAAGAGACAAACUUGGAAGCUUUUGUAACCACUGUAAUAAAUCUUUGAUUAGUAAUGAGCUCUGCCAAGAGAGACACUGCUGUGAAUCAGCACCAGAAAACUUUGCAUCUCACCCGGAGAACCGUCCUACAAGUUGUGAAUCAGAAAACCUUAUGAAGGAACCUCCCAUGGUUUUGAAAUCAACCCCUGGUUUGAGCCAUAGUCAUAAAAUUCAUAUGAAACUUAUUUCACAUCAAUCAGGACAUAAUGCUAGCAUGCAUCCAGGAUCAGAUUUGCUUUUGGAGAACUGUGAUGGCGACAUUAAAUCACGUCAGAAGAUGGAGGUUGUGAAACCAUCAGGAAAACACAAAGUUAAAGUAAGGUCUCUGUCCACUGUGUCAGAGACUUCUAAAGGGAGUCCACUUCUCUAUAAACUCAGCAACAGGAGCCACAGUGAUAUCUGUCCUGAAACAAUCACCAGCAUAAUGCAGUGUAAGAAAGCUGAACUGUUGGAUCAGGUGACUCAGAAGCUGGAAAGACGGAAGUCCCCUAAAAAAGACUCCCAGUCAAGUAGGAGUGAAACUCCCUCCACCACAGAUGGACCAGUCUCCAAACUCCAUAACUUAAAGACAGAGAAGCCACCUUCAGCACAAGUUCAACUUCCUUCUACAAGUUCUGACACUGCACAGUCUACACAAACAGAGGAAUCAUGUUUCAGAAGCAUCAGUGCUCUCCUUGAACUGGGCAUUAUUUGUUUGCCAGGCAGCAGGGACAGAACAGGCAGGGCAGUGGUGGAGGUCCAUGGUGACAGAAAGGAGUGGACGUCCCCUCUUGUGUCAGCCCAGAAUGUCUGUGAAUUACUGCUCUACUUACACUCCAUACCAAGGAAAGAAAUUCGAGAGCUGGGAAUGACUUUGGUCAUCAAUGCAAGGAAGAAGCCUCCACCGCUUCAACUCUACAAAGCUCUGCUGAUGGCCCAGGAGCAAGCUCUCCAUGCUGUCCACAGUAUCGUGAUGCUGGUGGAUAAAGACACUUGUCCUCGACCUGAAAAACAGCCAGGGUUACAGAUGGACAUGGUGACCUCUAUGAAAGCCCUGAACAAGACAGUUGAAGCUUCCCAGCUAACCUCUGACCUGGGAGGGACUUUUAUUUACAAUCAUACCGACUGGCUGCAGUUUCAUCAGAAACUGGUGUCUUUCAUGACUGACCUGCGAGGGGCAGACAACUUGUUGCAGAAGGCCAUCAAGAAAGUGGACAGCAAAGAGAUAGAUACUGCCGAGGAAGUUCAGCAGUGCAUUCAGGAACAGAGGGCCUCAAUGAAAGAAGUGCUGGAAGACGUUAGACUGGUCACCCUGCAGAGAGAAGGAGGGGCAGUACUGGCCAGAAUGAGGAGAGAAGAGUUCAAAUUUCCUCAGUCUGAGGACUAUAGAGAUGCUCUGGAGUCAGUGACAAGUCUGUAUAACCAGGUGGAGGAGAAGCUCCACACUCUGGUAAUGAGAUCAAAUGAGUCACUGCAGCACCUGGAGUUCCUCUUUAGGCUCAGAGAGAUGGAGGCCAAAAUCAGCACGGCUGGGAUAUGGUUCAGUACAGAAGGCGAACAGAGACUGAAGGACUCUUAUACAACAGAUGAGACCCUGGCUUGCACUGAAAAGGCCUUGCAGCACUUUAAUCUGUUUCUCGCUCAGUCCAAGGAGAAGCACCAGUAUGCUUUGACCCUAGUGACGGGGGCAGAUAAAAUUGUUGGCACGAGUGAUUCAAGCCCUGCAACAGACAUUUUUCAGACUCUGGUCAGCACUUUCAAAUCCAAUGUGGAUGAUUUUAUGCUGCGGGCAGAACAGAGGUACAAAGAACUGGACACACUGGUGCAUGUGCAACGCUUUUGUGAGCAGGCGUCUGCACUGGCCAAAGAAUGCCGUCAUUUUUUAGAGAAGGUAGAGCAGGGGUGUUAUUCAACUCUGACCCUAAGCACACUCCAGAUGUAUGAAGAGAGAUUAAGUGGCGAAUUCUCCACCCAGCACUUCCAGGCUCUGAAAGCUAAGGCCUGUGCCACGGGAUCAGGGGCCUCGGGGGUGAUGAGAGUGUGGAAUUCAGUCUGGGUCCAGUGCCAAGAAGUUAGGCAGCUUCUUGAGGAGAUGCAGAAGAAAGCUGUAGAUGAGAACCAGAUCCAGCAGACUACAGCUGUGAACUCCAAAGAGGGAGAUGGAGCAAUGGAGAAGACGGAGAAAAAGAGUGAAGUGGGGGAAGAUGAAAGCUCCCUGACCGAACAGAAAGAGGUAGUCAAAAUCUCAGAAAGCGAAGGAGAAAACACCACUGACUUGACAGGGAUUCAAAAAGUAGAAUCCGAAGUGCUGAAACUACCUGAAGCACUAGUUAAAAAUGAGGAAAUUGUUUUUCCACAAAAUGGCCACUGUCGUCCAGAAACCAGAUGGAGGCCAAGAGAGCAUCACAGCGAGGCAGAUCUGAGGAGCGCAGACUUAAUCAAAGGGGGCAAUGAUUUUCCAUUGCACCAACCUUUGGGUCGAUCUUUAAGUGAGGGCUCACAUGUGAGCUCUCAUUUGGCAAGCAUCUUUGGCUUUUCACCUUUGAAUGUAAGAAACAAACACUGUCAGAAUACGACACACACACUCGAGCCAAAUCUGCAAGUUUCCCAUAACCAGAGUUUACAGUCAAGAAACCUAAGCUGUGAGUCAAGAAGAGACAGUAAUGAAGAAAAGGGUGAAGGAUGCACAACCUCCACCCACAGCCCUGAAGAUUUAAGGACCCCAGAGACAUUACUCACACCAACAGAAAACAAUGGCAGCAAUGUUUUGAAACUGCGGAGGAUCAUGGAGGAGCUUCUGUCCACAGAGAGGGAAUAUGUAAAGGCUCUGGGUUAUGUUCGAGAGCACUACUUCCCUGAGCUAGAGAGGGCCGAUGUCCCUCAGGACCUCAGGGGCCAAAGGGGGAGCAUCUUUGGUAACUUAGAAAAACUCCACGACUUCCACCGACAUCAUUUCCUGAAUGAGUUGGAAAAUUGCGUGAAUGAACCCUUUAGAGUGGGACGCUGCUUUCUACGACACAGAGAGAGCUUUGCUUUGUAUGCCCUUUACAGCAAGAACAAACCACAGUCUGACAGUCUUCUCAUCAAUCAUGGACAGGCUUUUUUCAAGCAAAAGCAGCUGAAGCUGGGUGAUAAGAUGGACCUCUGGUCCUACCUGCUGAAGCCUGUGCAGCGGAUCAGUAAGUACAGCCUGCUGCUGCAGGACAUGAUGAGGGAGUGUGGGCCAGGACAAAACAGAGAGAUGGCUGAGGUCAAAGUUGCCCUGGAGGUCAUCCAUUUCCAGCUCCGCCAUGGCAACAACCUGCUGGCCAUGGACGCCAUUCACCACUGUGACGUUAAUCUGAAGGAGCAGGGGCAGCUGAUACGCCAGGACGAGCUCUUAGUAACAUUCAGGAAGAAAAAAUGUUCCCGCCACAUUUUUCUCUUUCAAGAACUCAUUCUCUUUAGCAAGACCAGGAAGACGGACGUAGGAAAUGACACGUACAUCUACAAACAGUCAUUCAAGACGUCAGAUAUAGGCCUGACUCAAAACAGCGGAGACAGUGGCCUGUGUUUUGAGAUCUGGUUCAGGAAGAGGAAAACCCAGGACACAUACACACUUCAAGCAGCUAGCCGGGAGGUGAAAGAUGCCUGGACUAAGGACCUGGAGCGGAUCCUGUGGGAGCAGGCAGUACACAACAGAGAGGUCCGUAUGCAGGAGAGAGUGUUCAUGGGUAUUGGAAACAAACCUUUCAUGGACAUCCAGCCCAGUGAUGCAGCAAUCAGUGAUCGAGCUGUCAACUAUGUCCUCUUGGGAAGAGAAAACAAGGUGCUGUCCUCCUCAGGAUCACAUGGUUCACAGGAUGGGAUCCAUGAUGGGCGGCCAAAAUCUGUUGGCUCAGGAAGCAGUUCUUCAUCCUCCUCUUCCUCUGGAAGGGGUUCCCUUUCUACUGUGGGAUACUUGUGUGAGCCAAAGCGGAGGGUGGUUUCGGGCGGCCCUGCAGGAUAUGUUGCGCCUCCUGGAGCUCUGGAGGAGGAUGAUCUGGACCAUGAGAGUGGGAGUCAGAACUUAUUGUUGGACAGCUCCGAGUCAUCAGGAGAGAGUGUGAGUGGCUUCAGCAGUUCCAGUCACAGCUACCACUCAGCAAUUGGAGGAGAGGCGGAGGACACUUCCUCAGUCUGUGCCUCUACAAUCACUGUUAAGGAGGCAGCGCUCACUCACAGAGCUGAAGCCACUACAGUUUUCCAUAAACCAAAUGCUCUGGCAGGAGCCAUAGAAAAACCCCACCCACCACCAGUUGCUCCCAAGCCGAAGCCCAAACCACAAUACCAGUCCAAAGAUCUGCCCUCUGGCAAGGUUCUGAAAGAUAGUGUCAGAAAAUCCACUGAGGUUUGACCCAUGAGAUAUGGUACAAGAUCUGGAAGAACCCCAAGAAAAGCAGAGACCUGUCUGUUGGUAUCAGCCAUGAAGAAAACUUAUUUAAAAAGACAUCUUUUUAAUCCAGCUGCAACUGUUAUCUGUUACCACUUUGUAAAUAAAUCUUAUUUUUAUUCUAAAGCCACUAAACAAUAAGACAGAAAAAUGUCUAGAAAUGUCCUGUGUUUUUACUUAAACAGUGGUAAAUUUUACAUACUGUACCUGACAUGGCAUUGCAUAGUGUGCUGUAAAUUGGUCUAGUUUUAUAGCUCAUAAAAAGUUGCUAUGGUAUUUGAGUCUGUUCUUAUCUGUUAUUCGUAACAUAAUGUUAAAUGUUACAGUAGUCAAAGAAUGUGGCUAAGCAUUCCUGGUAAAAUCAAAUGUGCAGAGAGUUCAUAAAAUCUUGUGAAGCUCUGUGAAGCAAUGAAACACCAUAGUACCGUCUUUUAUGUGCUAAAUGUAUUGCCUUUUGUACAGAUUUAUCAAACUUUCAACAUGUCUUACUUAUUUCUUCUGAAAAUAAAACACAUUCACUCUGUCCUUCUUUUAAUUAACAGUUUUGUAUAAACUAAUGGUACUGCUAUGAAGAUAUUGAUCUAUGUAACAGUUAUAUUGCUUUAUAUCUGAAAUACAGUCAUACUUACAGUCAUGAUGAAUGUGUUAUGUUGGUUAUUAUCUGCACCAUAACAUUUGUUUUUGCAAUAAACCAAUAUGCUUGCAGUCAGACUGAAAGUUCUAAACUCAAAUAUUGGUGGCUACUAUCUGUCAUCAUAUUUGCAUUUGCCAGUUUCAUUGCUAGCACAAAUGUCAUGAGGUACUAAUAAAGCUGAGAAACUACAACUGUAUAUAAUACAGAUAUGAUCAUAUUGCAGAUGUGAUAUAUGCUGUAGUAGAUACAUUGAUUAAAUUAAAUCAAAAGCCAUCAUACCAUCAAUCAUGAUUUCUAAAAAUGUUGUGUAACAACUAACAAUGGAAUUUAAAUGGAAAGUCGAAUGACGUUUUCUGCACCAAUUCCACUUCCUUUGUAUGUUUAGUCACUGUAUGGUGUAACAUUUGUGACCUUUGCCAGAAACAAUAUGAUUCAGCAGAUGAUGUGCUGUCUUAAUUAUUUUCUUCAU